GUUGCAAUAAAGCACAUGUGCCUCAGAGAACAGCCCAAGCUCGAGGCACUUGUCGAAGAGAUUGAGGUGAUGAAGAAGUUGAACCACCGGAACAUAAUAAACUACAUCGAGUGCUUCUACCAGGAUGGCACACUCUCUGUUGUACUGGAGUACCUGGAAGGGUGCUCGCUAACUUCCGUCGUUAUAGAAACUGUUCUCAGGAGCGAGCAGAUAUCGGGCAUAACUUACUGCUGUUUGGACGCCCUGAAGUAUCUACACUCUCGUAACAUCAUCCAUAGAGACAUCAAAAGUGAUAACGUUUUGCUCGGAUAUAACGGAGAGGUCAAGUUGAUCGAUUUUGGUUUCUGUGCACAGUCAGACAAUCGCAAGACCAUGGUGGGUACGCCAUACUGGAUGGCACCUGAAAUCGUGUCGAGAAAGAACUACAGUUUCAAAGUGGACAUCUGGAGUCUGGGCAUAAUGGUCAUCGAGAUGAUUGAUGGCCAGCCACCGUACCUAGACGAGACACCUCUGAAAGCCCUCUACCUGAUUGCCAGUAACGGGAAACCGGAAGUGAAGAGCAAGGACGUCAGUGACGUCAUGCAGGAUUUCCUGGAUAAAACUUUGGAGGUUGACGUGGCGAAACGACCGACGGCCAGUCAACUAAUCAGCCAUCCUCUCUUUGAUAUUAGGGAGGAUUUGAAGUCACUCAAGCAAAACAUCGAACUGGCUUUACAGUGGGAGAACGAGAACAAUAAAUAA